CUUCUUUCCCCCUUACCCCAUUAUUUUUAAAAUAUUAAAUAUAAUGCGUAUACCGUCUUUGUUAGUGAUAGCAGCCAGUUUAAACCUUGUCAAAGCGGCUAUUCCUACUCACAGAUAUAAUGGAGGUUGUGCAGCAGUAACUCAACGACUUUACUGCUUUGGAGGAACAUCAAAUCAAAAAACCACGUCAGAUCAUUAUGUAUUUGAUCUGUCGAUGGAUUUUUCCGUUGAGAAGGCCAUAGAUAAUUGGAAUACCGUAACAUCUACUGAUUUUCAAGUGGAGCCAAAUAGCUUGUUCUCGAUUGUUCCUUUAAACGAUAGUUAUUUGGUACACGGGGGUUUAGGUUACGGCUCUUCAACUCAAUUUUUAAGAAACGUAACAACAAUGUUUAAUGCGACCACUGAAAGUUGGGAAACUAUAAAUAGUAUAAAUGAAACCACGAUGGUGCCAAGUCGCGAAGAGACCUCAACGCUUGAUCCGUUUAAUCGGAUUUGGACCUGGGGUGGAAUAAGCGAUAAUACAACAUCUGCAAACAUAACUGAGGUUACAUAUCAUGAUGAAAUGCAAGUUUUAAACAUGAAUACUUUGACCUGGUCAUUCCCAGAUAGCACAAACACGUCAUUACAACCUUCGUUUGUCCGUGCUCGUAUUGCACAUACAGAAACAUUGGGUCGAUCAGGAGAAUCUAUAUUUUACAUCGGAGGCUUACAAUCAGAUGACAACGACCAGCUUAUUGCCGCAUCUAUGAGUGAAAUCCUCGAGUACAACAUUGCAAAUAAUACUUGGUUUUUAAGGAAAUCCCCAGUAAAUAGUACUGUCCCAUCCUCUCGAAGAUUGCACUCAGCCACUCAAAUUCCCGAUCAUGAUCUCAUAUUUGUAUAUGGCGGAUCUGCAACUGAUGCUUCAAAAACGGUAACGGAUUACAGCUAUUUAUUGAAUACAACAUCAUUUGAAUGGACAGCUGUAGAUAUAAUAAAUGAAGGUGCUGGUCCUAGAUUUGGACAUUCAGCUGUGUUGUACAAAGGCAAAUCUUUAUUUAUAGUCUUUGGCGCUGAUAAUCUUGGAAACCUUCGAAAUGACUUUUUUAUACUUGACAUAGCAAACUGGCAAUGGGUUCAGACUUUUAAGACAGACGGCGUUUAUCCAUCCGUUUCAAGCCAAUCUAAUUCAGCCAUAAACACAGGCCCGAAAUCUACUGCAACCAUUUUCAGUACAACUUUGGGAAACGAGAGUUCGUCUGCAAAUGCAAAUAACCAAACUCCUAUACCUUUCAACUACAUAACAACUAUAUAUUUGAUGCUCGGCGUCAUGGUUGUAUUUCUCUUCUGCUAAAAUCACUGUCCAGAUAUAUUUAAUAAUUUAACCCUAAUUUUGCCUAAAAGCCAUCUAAUAAUAUCGUAACAUAUAAAUAAACCUGUUUUAAUAAAA